AUGAUUAAACAAACCUUUAUACCAUCAACAAAACUGAUGGCCAAGAUAUUAUCAUCACCUUUAUCGCCAUCGCUAUCAUUAUCAUCACCAUUAUCAUCAACGACAACAAUAAUUAAAUUAUAUGAUAACAACUAUUGUAACAUUAGAACUACUACUACUACUACUUCUACCACUUGUUUAAAGAAGACUACUUAUCGAUCGAAUUGUUUAUACUUUUCAACCUCUUCAUCAUCAUCAUCACAACCUCCCAAAUAUAAUAAUCAGGAACAUGUUGUAUCGGCUCCUCUUAAAAAUCCAACCGAUACAACUUCAUCUACUUCAUCAUCAUCUCCCUCCUCUAAACAUUCAAAAAAGAAUAGUAGUAGCGGUAAUAAAACUUCAUCAUCAUAUGAUGAUUCAUCAACAUCUACAAAGACAAAGAAAUCUACAACAACGACAACAACUACUACUACAACUAUAGACAAUAAAGAGUCAACUACCAAUUCCGAUUCAGAUUUGGAAAUCAAAGAUCCAAACAUUAUAUUUAAUACAGUUUGGAACAAACUAGAGAAUAAACAUGGAUUGGAGAAUAUGCGAUUCCCACAAGAGAUUAUCUUUUUGAUGGGAGCGCCAGCAUCUGGAAAGGGAACCAAUACUCCAUUCAUUUCAUCGGUUAGAGGUAUCACUGCAGAGCCGAUUGUCAUGUCAUCGUUGCUCAACAGCAAUGAAGCCAAAAAAAUCAAGUCGACUGGCGGCAUGGUCAGCGACUCCUUUGCACUACAAACUAUUUUGGAGGAAUUACGUCGGCCAGAAUAUCGAUCGGGUGUGGUCGUCGAUGGAUUCCCACGAACCAAUACACAGGUGGAAUGUCUCACUCUUCUCUAUGAAAAGAUGAAAUCACUUCGAAAGAAUUACUUUACCACCCAACUGUCAAGUUGUUUUCCACGUCCAGUGUUUCGUGUGACGGUACUGUUUAUCGAGGAAAAGGAGAGUUUGGACAGACAAAUUCGAAGAGGACAAAUCACCAAAGAGACCAAUCUGCGUCUCCGGGCACAAGAUCUACCACUACUCGAAGAAAGAUAUACUGACACGUCGGAAGAGAUUGCUCGCAAGCGAUACAAAAUCUUUAGAGACCAUUACUCGACACUAACAGCUCUAAAGAAACAUUUCCCAUUCUCUAUCAUCGAUGCCUCCAAAUCAAUCAACGAGGUGCAACAAAGUAUCAUCAAAGAGUUCAAGUAUCAAUCGUCACUGGAACUCGCCGAAGAGACCUAUGAUAUGGUGCAACGCAUUCCACUCGUCUCUGAUAUAAUUGUGCAUGCCCGUGUCGAUCUUGUCAAUCGAUUGGAUGACUAUCAGUUCCGUCACACCGAUCUCUUUGCAGCCGUCAUCAAUGUCAUUGACAAGGAGUUUAUACCAACCAUUAGACGACAUGCCAUCGCAGGCUCUGCCAUUGCACGUAUCAGUAACAGUAUAUUCUCCAAUCCACUCGCAAUCGACAUGGCAUUGGAUGUCUUGUCCGAGAGAGGGUUUAGAGCGACGGUCGACGUUCGUACCACACACAUUCCACACAAAAUCAAUCCACAAACCAUGCAAAUCGAAACCAUCGUUCACAAUGAAUACUCUUUCCGUGUUGAGUUCCUUAAACCUGCCAUUCGAGAGGAAAUAACUCUUCCUCCUCCUACUGCUACUCGUCCUCCUUCACUACCUCCUCAUACUCAAGCUACUUUUCCAACAAAUAACUAA